AAUAAGCAGAAGAAGACGAGCGCCUCAUUGGACGCCUCUGGUGCUACAUAACCAACAGUUAUCAGCCGUUUGUCCGCAAACAUCUGGACAAAUUGGAGGAAGUAGGACCGCAAUUGAAAAAGCCUUUGUAGCUGUGCGGUGGCUUAGUCUACGUCACACACACACAUACACCUGAGGGGAUUUUGUGUGGUUAUCUCGCCCAGCGGCUAGUUGACUGCUAAAUCAGAGAGCUAGCCAGCCAGCUAGCUAGCUAGCUUACUGGCUAGUUAGCUUACGGCAGCGCCAUAAGAAGAAAGUGGGAAACAAACGUGCUGGCGGAUCGAUUUAAGGUGCCGAGGCUGCGGGUGUCUGCGGCGUAAACCACCACAGGUGCAAGAAUGAAUAUCGCUAAAAGUGGAUAUCGCGUCUUUUCCGCAAACUCCUCUGUAGCGUGCACGGAGUUGGCCAAGAAGAUAACAGAGCGGCUGGGAGUCGAACUGGGGAAGUCGGUGGUCUUCCAGGAGUCAAACCGGGAAACCAGAGUGGAUGUGAAAGAAUCCGUCCGAGGACAAACGAUCUUCAUCAUCCAGACCAUACCCAGGGAUGUCAACACGGCGAUCAUGGAGCUGCUGGUCAUGGCCUACGCGCUCAAGACGUCUUGUGCAAAGAACAUCAUUGGAGUCAUUCCUUACUUCCCGUACAGCAAACAGUGCAAGAUGAGGAAGAGGGGCUCAAUAGUGAGCAAGUUGUUGGCUUCGAUGCUGGCGAAAGCAGGACUGACGCACAUCAUCACCAUGGACCUGCACCAGAAGGAGAUCCAGGGCUUCUUCAGCUUUCCCGUGGACAAUUUGCGUGCUUCUCCUUUCUUGAUUCAGUACAUCCAAGAAGAGAUUCCUGAUUACAGAAACGCCAUCAUCGUGGCAAAGUCCCCGUCGGCAGCCAAGAGGGCCCAGUCCUACGCUGAGCGCCUGCGUCUGGGCCUGGCCGUGAUCCACGGCGAGGCCCAGUGCUCGGAGUCCGACAUGGCCGACGGAAGACACUCGCCGCCGUGUGUGCGCAACACCACGGGACACACCGGUCUGGAGCUCCCGCCAGGCAAACAACAAGCUCCGUUCCCCGGCAUAGAGCUCCCAAUGAUGAUGGCCAAGGAGAAACCUCCCAUCACGGUGGUCGGAGACGUGGGCGGGAGAAUCGCCAUCAUUGUGGAUGACAUCAUAGAUGAUGUGGGGGACUUUGUGGCAGCUGCCGAGAUCCUGAAAGAGAGAGGAGCCUAUAAGAUCUACAUCAUGGCCACGCACGGCCUUCUGUCUGCCGACGCGCCGCGCCUCAUCGAGGAGUCGGCCAUCGACGAGGUGGUGGUGACCAACACCGUCCCCCACGAGGUGCAGAAGCUGCAGUGUCCCAAAAUCAAGACGGUGGACGUCAGCAUGAUCCUGGCCGAGGCCAUCCGCCGCAUCCACAACGGGGAGUCCAUGGCCUACUUGUUCCGCAACAUCACCGUGGACGACUAGAGGGUCAACACGCUAACGCCGUGUUUCCGUGUGCUUGUGUCAGGUUACAUGUUUUGCCAAAUUCAUCGAAGCGCGUUUGAAUAGUAAGAGUCACUCCCGACUUAUUGAAGUAAAGCUAAAGGUGUGAAAUGGUGUUGCAGAGGUUGAGAAAUGCGUCUGGUUCUUUUUGAUGAAGGAGCAAACAAACAACGCGCAGCUUUCAUGCAUUCUGUCAUAUUUGGAAAGCGCUUCUCGCCUCGCUGCUUCUCCAACUUGAACAAUAGAUGCUUUGUAUUUAAAUCAGUGAUCUGAGGUACCGCGUGACUAAUGACUGAGCAUCAGCUGCAAAGGGGAAGAGAACGGGACUAAAGCUCAUUGAUGCCUAAAUUACAUUUUCACGCAGCGGUUUUUGCAACGUGUUUGGUCAUUUUAGGUCUGUUAAAAACGAAGGAAUCGUCAUUUUAUAUUGUAUAUUUUAGGGUCAGUUCCUUCCUACUUACUGGUCGAAUGACCUCGAAGGAUCGCUUUGGUUUCCUGCUGCUGUUCCUGUCUGGUUGCUGCUGUAACGCAACACACUUGAGUUUCAGGUCAUUUCACUUCAGAUGCAAAUGAUCAAAAUGUAAUGUUUCAAAUGUGUGGCUCAAAUAAUUGAAAAUGUAUUUAACGACGAGGUCUUUGGGUUAUUCAGAGAACCUUUUAAUAUUUUUGGAACGGUGGGUAUUUAAGAUGUAAACGCAUCAAAGGUUUAACUUGUACUGAAGCAAUAAGUGACUCAUUAAAACUAUUGUUUGCUUAUUUUUUUGGAUGGACUGACCCUUUGAUAAUAUCCUCGAUCCGCAGUAGACUGAACACAGUGCUCAUCAUUUAAUAGACGAUGUGUACACUGACUGAAUUGCAUAAAAUACCAAAUGGUCCCGUUUGUUUGUUGUAGCCAAUCAACUACAAACGAGAGGUGAACACAGCCGCUCGUCGUCUUUUUUAUUUUUUUUUGUGGAUUUCAGUUUUUAAAUUUUUUUUUAAAGUGCUUUGUUUAACCUCCGGCUUGGUUUUCCUCAUCGUCACAGUUCUCCUGUGGUUUGCUCGUUUACUCUUGCAUUGCUGGAAACUUAAUUCUCCCAGCUGCAGCUUAUCAAAAGUAAACCACUCAACCCGUUUGGACUCGUGUAUUUAACCCCAUCGCAGCGGCCGCGGUUGCAUUUAUGAAUAUAGCGGAUUUAGUGGAACUAUGGAUUGAUCUUUUCUUUUGGCCGCUCACUUCACCCCAGAUAACAUCAUGUGCAGAUUGCUGUGGCAUUUUCCCGUUGAAAAGUGAUGCUGCGGAGGAAAUGCGUGUCUUCCUCCUCUGAGGGGCGCGUGCACAAUUAUUUGUUCUUGUGUUUAUGAGGGUUUGUUCCAAUUGUGGAGAAACGUGUCUUCCAUUCAGCAGUACUGUUGGCGUUUGUCCCCGUGUGCGUCUCCCGGAGAGCGGGACGUGUCCCGUCCUGUUUUUUUGUGAAGCUCUGCAGCGUUUGUUAAUGUGAAUUCAAAUAAAACCGUUGCCUCUC